AUGUCCACGGACGAGGACUCUGUGGGAAGUCCGCUUAAGCCAGCCACGCCCACGGGUGAGCGGCCAGGCGGCAAGAAUCGGAAUGCGUCCGAAAUUUUGCGCCAUCAGCAAAGUUUCGAGGCGCGCUACAGCAGUAUCAUCCAAAAACAGAUCUGGGAUACCAGCAUUAACAAGGAUGUUCUGGAGCGUCAGCUGAAUGCCUAUUUCCCCUUCGCACGCAGCGCUUCCCUAAGCAAAGACGGCUCCGGCGGCUUCGAUCAGCUAUUAACGCCGACGGCAGCCACGAGCAAGACACGUUCGGUGAGCACGACGCCAACAAAGAAGCGACCCCCUGGUCUGGACAAAUUGGAUAAGCUGGAGACUGUGGAUGUGGCUGAGAAGGAGGCUAUGGCCAAAAGCUUGGAAUAG